AUGUCAUCGUUGGCGCCGGAGCCGCACGUGGUGGAGGACUGCCGCGGCGUGCUGCAGCUGAUGAGCGACGGCACGGUGCGGCGCAGCGCGGAGCCGGCGGCGCUGUUCCCGGUGGACGUCCCGGACGACGACGACUGCGGCGUGGAGUGGAAGGACGUGACGUGGGACCUGGAGCACGACCUGAACGCGCGGCUGUACCGGCCGCGGCACCUGGGCGCGGCCAACGACGCGCGGAUCCCCGUGGUGGCCUACUUCCACGGCGGCGGCUUCUGCAUCGGGUCCGCGCGGUGGCCCAACUUCCACGCCUGGUGCCUCCGCCUGUGCUCCGAGCUCCCCGCCGUAGUGCUCUCCUUCGACUACCGCCUGGCGCCCGAGCACCGCCUCCCCGCCGCACAGGAGGACGGCGCCAGGGCCAUGACCUGGCUGCGCUCCUCCUCCGCCGAGCCCUGGCUCGCCGACGCGGCCGACUUCGCGCGCGUCUUCGUCGCGGGCGACUCGGCGGGCGGCAACAUCGCGCACCACGUCGCCGCCGGGCUCGGAAAGUCCGGCCUCGCCCCCGCCGUCCGGAUCCGCGGCUCGCUCCUCCUCGCGCCGGCCUUCGCCGGCGAGGCCCGCACGCGCGCGGAGCUGGAGUGCCCGCGCGACGCGUUCCUCACCACCGAGAAGUGGGACAGGUACGCGCGCCUCUCGCUGCCGGAGGGGGCCACCAGGGACGACCCCGUGAUCAGCCCGGCGGGGCCGCGCGCGCCGGGGCUGGAGGCCGUAGAGAUGGCGCCCGUGCUGGUGGUCGCCGGCGGGCGCGACAUGCUGAGGGACCGGAACGCGCAGUACGCGCGCCGGAUGAAGGAGGAGUGGGGCAAGGAGGUGGAGUACGUGGAGAUCGCCGGCGUCGACCACGGCUUCUUCCAGACGGACCCGUGGUCGGAGCGCGCCGACGAGCUCGUCCGCAUCGUGCGCCGGUUCGUCGUCGAGCACAUGGACUCGGAGUAG